UUGUAGGCCAAGUUCUUGAUCGACUGAUUCCGAGUAAUUUUUGAUUACUUGCUGGCAGUAAUACCAAAGUCUCUUGUUUGUCUCUCACCUGGACUCAGUCAUGAGCAAGUCUACGUUUACAUGGGAAGAACUAAGGCAAAAAAACAACGAAUCUGAUGCUUAUGUUGCGAUCAGGCAAAAGGUGUAUAAUGUAACGAAGUUUAUAGAUCAGCACCCUGGGGGUCGAGAUGCUUUACUCAUGGCAGCUGGACGCGAUGUUACCCUGGUUUUUGAAUCCUACCACGGCCUUUCAGACAGAGCGCCAAAAGUCCUUGCGAAGUACUAUGUUGGAGAACUGAUAUCUCAUAAAUAUCCAACCUAUCCGGAACCAGGACUGUUCCACAAGACUGUCAAAGAAAGAGUAAAGAAGUACUUCAAAGACAACARUAAGGAUCCAAAGGACCCCGAGACGAUGUGGAUUCGUAUCGUUUUACUCCCACUUCUAACGCUGGCACUGAUGUACGCCCAGAUGGCUUGGUUAGCUGAUAGUCUCCUCUGGUCCACUAUCGCUGGUAUAACAACAGGGUGGUUCAUGUCUCUGAUAGCUAUGACUCACGUCCAUGAUUCCUGCCAUUUUGCCAUCACUCACUCUCCGUGGGUAUGGAMGACCAUUGGCGUUGGCAUGCAUAACUUUUUCCUUGGUGCUUCCUGGCAUGUCUGGAUGUUACAGCACGUGUUUGGUCACCACCCAUACACAAACAUUGAGGGAAGUGAUCCGGACAUUUCCACAGCAGAAAAGCAUCCUGAUAUUCGUCGCAUUAAGGAUACRCAGACUUGGAUCAUACCUUAUUUGGCGCAGCAUAUCUAUGGACCAAUCAUAUAUGGCUUUCUAGGAUUGAAAACACAAAUCCAGGACUGUUUUGUAAUUCUUAAAGGACGCAACAGUACCAUGUCAAUGAACGGCUUCUCACGCACUGAAAAUAUCAUUUUUUGGCUUGGUAAAGUAUGGUACAUUAUCCUGUGGGUUCUCAUCCCAUUGAAAUUUCUACCCUUUUCACGUGUGUUGUGGAUUAAUAUUCUUKCGACUGGAACUGUAGGGUACUAUCUGGCCCUCAUAUUCCAGAUCUCGCACGUUGUCAGUGAAGUUGAAUGGCCACAACCAAAUAAAGACAACCAUGUUCCCCACGACUGGGCGGAGCUACAAAUCGCGACAACYCUCGACUACGCCACGGACAACUGGUUCUGUAAUACAUUUACAGGUGCCCUCAAUCAUCAGGCAGCCCACCACUUGUUCCCAGGCAUCUCGCAAAUCCACUAUCCCCAGAUCACCCCGAUUGUACGCAAGACAUGCGAASAGUUCAAUCUCCGAUACAACUACCUUCCAUCCUUCAGCGAGGCGCUUGGCGCGCAUUUCAGUCACUUAAAGAGAC